GUCACGAGGGAAGAAGAGGGAAAGGAAGAGAGGAGAGUAGAAGGAAGAGGAGGGGGAGACUGCGCGAGAGAGAGGGUGAGAGAGAGAGAGAGAGAGAGAGAGAGAGAGAGAGAGAGAUAGAGAGACAGAGAAAGAGAGAGAGAGAGAGAGAGAGAGAGCCGAGCCCCGCCGGCGGCCCAUUGAGGAAAGAUGGCCACAGUCAGUGCAAACGGAGUGCAGCAGGAGAAUGGAUUCAGCACCACGAACAGCGGCGGCAGGAUGAACGGGCUCAGCCUCGGCCAGAACACCAUCCCCAUGAAGGACCACGACGCCAUCAAGCUCUUUAUCGGCCAGAUCCCCCGCAACCUGGAGGAAAAGGAUCUGAAACCGCUCUUUGAGGAAUUUGGCAAGAUAUACGAACUCACGGUACUGAAAGACAGGUUUACCGGGAUGCAUAAAGGAUGUGCCUUUCUAACAUACUGUGCCAGAGAAUCAGCACUGAAAGCCCAGAGCGCCCUCCAUGAACAGAAGACCCUGCCAGGGAUGAAUCGGCCCAUCCAGGUGAAGCCAGCAGACAGCGAAGGACGGGGAGAAGACAGGAAGCUGUUUGUGGGGAUGCUGGGCAAGCAGCAGAGCGAGGACGACGUCCGGCGGCUCUUCGAGACCUUCGGCCAGAUCGAGGAGUGCACCGUCCUGCGGGGUCCUGAUGGGGCCAGUAAGGGCUGUGCCUUCGUCAAAUUCUCCAGCCACGCAGAAGCACAGGCUGCUAUCAACAGCUUGCACGGUGGACAGACCAUGCCUGGGGCCUCGUCCAGCCUGGUGGUCAAAUUCGCAGACACGGACAAGGAGAGGACCCUGCGCAGGAUGCACCAGAUGGCGGGUCAGCUCGGCAUCUUCAGUCCCAUGACCAUCCAGUUUGGGGCCUAUGGCGCCUACUCUCAUGCUGUAAGUCUCAGCCCGGCGGGGGAGGAGACGCAGAUGAUGCAACAGCAAGCAGCCCUGAUGGCAGCAACACAAGGGUCCUACCUGAACCCCAUGGCGGCCAUCGCUGCCGCGCAAAUGCAGCAAAUGGCAGCUUUCAAUGUCAACGGCCUGGUGGCCACUCCCAUGACACCAUCCUCAGGCACCAGCACACCCCCGGGCAUCUCUGCAACAGCUGUCCCCAGCAUAGCCACCCCCAUCGGAGUCAACGGAUUCAGCGCCCUGGCCCCCCAAAGCAACGGGCAACCCACAUCAGAGCCCAUCUACACCAACGGCAUUCACCCGUACCCAGCACAGAGUCCGACGGUGACCGACCCUCUCCAGCAGGCUUACGCCGGCGUCCAACACUACGCAGCAGCCUACCCCGCCGCCUAUGCGCCGAUCAGCCAAGCGUUCCCACAGCAACCGACCAUCAUCCCCCAGCAACAGAGGGAAGGGCCAGAGGGUUGCAACCUGUUUAUUUAUCACCUGCCCCAGGAAUUCGGUGACGCCGAGCUCAUGCAAAUGUUCCUCCCUUUUGGCAACGUCAUCUCAGCGAAAGUCUUCGUGGACAGAGCGACCAAUCAGAGCAAAUGUUUUGGCUUUGUGAGUUUUGAUAACCCAUCCAGCGCCCAAGCCGCCAUCCAGGCCAUGAACGGCUUUCAAAUAGGCAUGAAGAGGCUGAAGGUGCAGCUAAAGCGGCCAAAGGACGCCAACCGACCUUACUGACUGGUCUGCAGUCUGGAUUAAGGAUGAAGGGCCACAACACCUUAUUUCCACAAGUGCAGUCGAAAGUACAAAGACUCCUUGCUCUGCUACAUAUCACGAAGGAAUGGUGGUCUCUUGAUCCCACUGGAAUCCCGCUGAAAGAUUGGACGACAGAGAAGAGAUUUCCUUUUUUUCCUCCCCCCCUCCUGUUUUUUUGCAAAUGCCUCUUUUUAUUAUUCCGUUUUGGUUUGGAGAUUUUCUGCAGAGACCAACUUUUUUGCUGCUCUUUUUUAGACAUGAUGGGUUGGGAAAAAAAAAAAGAUGAAAAAAAAAACUUUAUAGACUCAUUAUGCUCUAAAGCAUGCAUACCAUCAAUACACGCAUACACAGAAACAAUAGGAAGAACUACAAAAAAAACUUUGUACAUGUAUAAAUAAGUGCAAAUGCCAAUUCAAGUACUGAAGCAAACACACACAUACAUAAAGAAACACACACACGCACACCAGCCUGCUGCCAUUUUGGUUUUUGUGCCUACACAGAUGUGUGCUGUGUGACAGGGCCGAGCUCUGGAUGGAUGAAGACGACGACGACGACGAAGAAGAAGAAGAAUCCAGGAUAAAUUACAUGCAUCAUUCCUUAGGAAAUAGGGACCAAAGGACUAAAACACUUUUUAAAAGAAUAUAAAUAUAUAAAUAUAUAAAUAUAUAUUUAAGAAAAAUCAUACCUUGUAGCUGCAAGUAUUACUCGUAGUAAAAAAAAACAACAUUAAAUCAAUAUCCAGUGGCCUACUGUAAGUACGAAUGAAAAGAAAAUAGACUUCAUGUAUUUAAAAAAAAAAAAAAUUGAAUCUUAGCUUAGGGGCUGAUCUUUUUUUGCUCUGGAUGCUGAUUGGGCGCCAGGUUGUAUUAUACGUUAGAAGUAGAUUAAAAAAACAACAACAAAAAAAAAAGUAGAUUUGCUAACUUUUGCUGUUUAAAAAAAAAAAUACUUGAAGUUGCAAUGGAACGGGACAAAAGGAACAACGGACAUCAUAUGGUCACUGGAUACUGCGCCAAUACGAUGUCCAUCCAAGGUAACAGAGAGAGACUGUUCCAGAAAAAAAAAGAUGACCCAUGCCUGCGCUGGACAGGGUGCAGACACUGAAGACUUCUCCUUCGCCUUUACGAUGUUCAAGCGACAAUCCAUGGUAAAGACCGAACAACAAGGACCCUGGCUGGUGUCGUUUUGGAUUUUUCUUUCCUGACGGUUUUUGUAUUGCAACGUAUGAAGCCGCAUAUUGUUAAAAGCAAAGUGGUUCUAUAAAAGGGACAUGAAGGCAACGGAAGCUACCAAAACUGCCAGAAGAAUGAAGCUCAAAUAAUUAAGGCCUUGUUUUCACUGAGCAUUUUACCGUGUUUCCAUUGUUCUAAAGAAUUACAAAAAUAUCCAAUAUGUACCAGUAGGCCUGUCAAGACAAUAGAUAAAUUGAUUAAUUGAACAUGAAAAAAAAAAACACGUCGAUAAUGAUGACACCCUCAAUAAAUUGACGUGCAUGUUUCAUCUGCUCGUGGAGGCGGGGCUACUAGUGAGUGCACCAAAUUAGCCUUGUGAGAGAGGCAAUGCUAACAUGAAUGAAGGCACACAAGUGAUGGUUCCUAAGGCGAACGCAACAGCACCAGUGUGGGAAUAUUUUGGUUUUAAACAGAAUGAACAAGGUGAGCGAAUGAAUGCUGACGAACCGAUAUGUUGCAUUUGUUCGAAAGUGGUGACAAGGAAGCAGGGGAACACGACCAAAUUGUAUGCACACCUGAAACAAAACCAUCCGUUUCAGUUUUCCCAACUGAGGAAAAAAAACUACAGCUGAAGGUGCAGCAGACCCUUUGUCCCGACAGCCAAUUAACGAAAAAAUGGUCACAAAAAUUGUCGAUAAUAUCCAUUAUCAACGAUAAUUUGGAGCACAAUUAUCAAUCAGCAAAAUGUUAUCGUGACAGGCCUACGUACCAACGUGCAGUUUAUUUAUUUAUUUUUUUUAAAUAAGGGAAAAAAACGUAAUCAAUAUUUUUUCUCCCCAGUUAGUCAAUUGUAUUGUAACGUGAAAGACAACAUAGAAGGAUAAUUCUCCAUCGACCAAUCAACAGCCUUCGGGAUUUAUCCAGCUUUUGUCAAGACUGCAGUUCAGUAUAAAAGAGAGAGAAUGCGGGGGAUUGAGGUCACCCGGCAAAUGUUUUGGCUAGGGAAGUAGUAUCAGAGCCGUAGCUAAGACGGUGUGUCACAUCUGUUUCAGGCAUUUUAUUUGUGUUCACCACGCACAGUUCUUCGGCCUUUGCAGGUACUGUAAUAUCGGAGGCGGAAAUAUGAAUGGUUGACUGACGGCUUAACGGAGUGAAGACCAAGUGGUGUUGGGUUUGUGUUAGCAUUGGCAACUGUCGCCAUCCAGCAUAUUUGGGGAUGUUGAUUCGAAGUAUCCCGUUUUUCGCCAAGUUCGGAGCAAAAGACUUAUCGUCAGAUCUUCUGUUACAGCUCAGUUACAGUCUGUUUGGCAGAAUUUCUGCAAAAGACCUGAAGAACACAUGUACAGGAGCAUAUCCAGCACAGGCCAUAAGAAGGUUGGAUAUCGUCACCCUAUUAAAAUAAUGGUCAUUUUUUUGACAAAAAUUUGCUUUUUGCCUAAAUCAUCUCUUGAUAAUGCUGGCCAUCUCUGGUAAAAAUUGCCUAAAUCCUUAGUUGAAAGGCUCAUGCUCAGGCCAUUUUACCCUUUACAACAAUGGGAACGCGGUCAAAUGCAAACUAACCAACUGAAAGACUCGGUGGAAACAAGACUAGAAAAAGUUGUAUAGUUGUGUCAAACGUCCCCUUUCCUAUAGAUGUAGGAUAAACAUGAAAACCACGUAGCAAUGACGCUACAACAACAUGAUGUACAUUCCACUGUUAACAUGUCCUUGACCUACUUUCUACACCGAUUGUGGGUCAAAGAUAAGGACACACUCCUUCGUAAAAUGCCAACAAUUCUGAACAUUCCCUCAGUCUGCUCUGUCAAACAAACGCCAGCUUCCCACCCCAAAACACUUUGAGUUUCGGCUGCUGACAGGCGCUAAGAAGCAGGUUUCAGCAGGAGGAGUAAGCAUCCUUUUAAACUAAUGCUUCUAGGAUGACUAUAAAAAUAGAAGGUGUAAACACGCUCCUGGUGACAAGCGCCAUAUAUCUGUGCUGCCAGGGAAUAGGAUUAAAGGGUUCAAAGAGUCUAUUAGCUUAGUCCACCUAACAGAAAAAAACGAGACCAGAUUUAUUGCAAAUAACUGAGAGAACUUGUAGACCCAUUGCGAUAAAGCACAAAUUGCCAAGCAAGUGGCGGAACAAACCCUUCCCCUAGCUUUGUUCCUAUUUUUAAACCUGUUCACGCCAACCACCGCUGAAUCAUCCCCUGCACCAUAUUAGCCAUCCUAGUCCACCACCUCCAAUGAUCGCUCUGUAAUCACCAGCUUUUAUCCAUCAACAGUUAGAGAAAACCAAAAAAAUAUCACCAGGGACCAAAAUGACAAAGGGGGCAAUUAUUAUUUUUUUGUUCUGCGCGCACAUAAAUGAUGAAGGGAGGAUUAGCCACAAUUUGUGUCCCUGGAGAGGCGGAAACACGUCAUCCAACAUCCCUCAAGACGUGAUGGCGCAGGUGGGAUAGAAUCCUUCAUGUCAUGGCUUAGACCGAUGUUUAUAGUUUCACUAAAAUGACAACAGUUUACCCAAUUCUGAAGGCUGGGACACUUAUUUUUGUGAAGCAACCUCAAGUUCUUGAAUUUGCAGCCAAAGCGACAUCUGUAAAAGUGAAUGUCUUGUUUAUAUUGUGGAGUAAAUCAAAGCUGGCGUACAUGAUACAGGGGAAAUUACAGUACUUUACUAUCAGGUGCAUGCACAAAGCAGCAAGUCAGUCAAAACAAUGCUCAGAGCAGUUCAUGAGAGGCUGAACUAAUUGAUGGCUUAUCUAAUGUUCCGUAAGCAAUGACAUUUCCUGUGCUUGCCUUAGCCGUCGAAGAUCAAACACUCGCAUUACCCAAGCUUCAAUACCAGAUGCCGCUCUACUUCCCCAUUCCAAUGGCAGGCUGAGGCCCCCUGGUGAGCCCACGACGCCCACGCUAUCCUCGCAUGCUGCCGACUCUUGGGUCUAAACAGCACAGUAUUGAUGACACGUACUAUAUGUACUACAUGUAUAUGGCAGCACAACUAUACAAUGUGAAAUCAAACCAGUGAGAGGUAUUGGACACGUUCUCCGAACCUGCAGAGUCCAAAUUUAAAGUUGAAGUGUACUCAUAAAAACAUAAAAAUAUGUUACGUUCAUUAAAAAUAGUGGCAAAUCAAAUUUUGCAUUCACCGAAAUACACAUCAAUAUAUAUUUUAGAUACCCAUAAUUAAAGUUUUAUCCAUGUGGAGUAAUUUGGCCCCAUAACUAUAACCUACAGCCCACUAGCCAAAAGGUCUAUCAUUGGAUAGAAGUAGGAUCCCAACCAGCGUCGGGUUAAGCACGCCUCCCAGUCUUCAUCCCCUUCACCCCAAAAUAGUAGUGAUUGUCACAGAAAGGAAGUGAAAUGUAAUUGACUGAAAGUGUAGAGAUAAUUAAAGCAACCUGUUGGACAGGACGGAAGAAAUUAAUGCCUCCCCAUCUAAUGGCUGCUUAGGGAGGGAGAGCUUUUCCGUCCGUCAUCUGACUCCAGAGUGGAAUGGGAUUUUUUUGGGAGAUGGAAAUAGGUACCAAGAGGUGGUGGAAGAGGGGGAGCGUGAUAGCUAAAUGAAAACGCCACAAAAGUCACACACCGAUACUCGGGGCAUCAGGCGCUAUGAUUGGUGGAGAGACUCAGCCGACAUAAAAAGAUUGCGUCCCGUCACCGGGGUGGAUUACUGAUGAGGCAGAUAAAGCAACUGAACGACGAUUUGAGGCGGUCUGUCAUAUCAUGAACCAAUUACAAGAGCAACAACAAACAGAUUACGCUAAUAAUGCACAUAAGGGUCCCUCACAAGGCAUGGAUGAUUACGUCGGACUAGGAAUAGUGACCAAUUUUUGUAUUAUUUCUUCAUGUAAAUAGCCUAUAAAAUAGAAAUUAGAGAGAUUGUAGGGUAGUGUGUGCUGAGAAGCCUCACUCUGUGGUACAAUGAUGUCACUAUACAAACCACAGCGGUCAGCACUGCAGGAUCUAGGAACGGAAGUUUUGGACAUGCUCACAUCUUACACUUCCAAAUUGGACCGAGGUUUAAAAGUGUAGCAGACAACCAUUCGCUAAUGAGCCAAGUGGUACGGUUCAGGUCAGUUCAGGUAAAGCCUAAUGAGGCUCAUGUUUCCAUUGGUGACCAGUCAACGGACAGUGUCUUUAGCUACACCCUACAAAAGCACCGCGACUAGAACCCUUACAACGGGGUACAAAAAUGAGGAAUCCUCCCCACUCAACAUGGAAUCAAGAGCAUACCGUGGCCAACUGAAGAGAACUGUAACACUUGGUGAAAAGCAGGCUUGGGUGUACAGUCAUAGUGACAUUUGGGAAGUACCUAGGACCUAGCCUUAGAAAAUGAAACCACAACCCCUGGUCAUGUAUCUAAGCUAUUUUGGAGCAUCCAAAAACAAAAAGGAACCGAGAUAAAUGGAGAUUGAUCAGUACCGAUCAUCAAAGAACGUCUCCAAUCUGCCGCUACUCUCUCCUGUCCACACUGCCGCAUCUCUCUUGUACAUACAAUAUAGCUUAUUUUUCAAUUUUGUUCAGCCUUCUUUAUAGGCUACGUACAAUAUCUCAUGUUCAAAGGUAAGAAAAAAAAAAUAAAAUGAUAUAUUUCAGUCAAAUAAAGAGAAGGAACCUAUGGAAUAAUUUAUCAAAAAAAUAGAUGAUGAAAAUACUUUUAUUUCUUGUAUAGUGAAUCGCUGAUGUUCAAAGUUUGGGAUUUUAUACUCUCCAAUGUUUUGUGAAUAUCAGCUGAAGCUGGGAUGGACUCAUUGUCAUGAGGUUUUGAUGUUUUUUUUUUUUAUUUAUAUUUUUGAAGAUGCACAAUCCAUAUUUCAAAUACCUUCAAGAUAUUCUGCAUGCUGACAGCUCUUGGAUCAGUAAAAAAAUUAAUAAACAAAAUGCACUAUAAAAAGGUUGACUGAUGGCACUGGUCAUGUGGGAUAAGGAGGAAGUCCACUGCGCUCUUGAUUAUGUCACUUUUGGGGACCUUGUACAGAUCUGAGCUUAUAAAAACUGGUAAUUUUAUCACAUCUUUCCAUGUCUGCACACACAAUUAUCCAGCUUUGGAGGUAGUGUCUAAGUUUAAACCCUGAAACUGGACAAGUAUUUUAAACAUCAUACCAGACGCUGACAUUGUCACGUGUCAAUGCAUCUAAUCGAGUAUAUGAAUGCACACAGACUUGCUGCAAUAUAGCCGCCUUGCUUGGUUCUGUAUAUAAAAGGCACAGGCGGAUACAUACAGCUUUGACGCUGCGAUAAUUAUCAAAAGACUUCCAAGAAAUCCCUUGUCCGAUCUGAACUGUCACCUUUGUCAAAAAAAUGUACCUAUUUAUGGAAUCAAUUUUAACCCCGGGAGACCAAUACGCCUGGUCCUCGGUCUGAAAGGAGUCCCUGAAAGUCAUCAAAGUCAAGCAAACACAAACAGAUCAUUGCCUAUGCUGUCAUCAUUGUAUUUAAGCUAUGGAUGAAUGCGGAACAACUUCGUUUUGUUUCUUAAGGGCUGGUGGUUGUCAUUGACAUGUCUUUGGACUUCAUCUACUAUGUGUUUACAUUUUGUUAUAUUGUUUUUGUUUGGGUUUUUUUGCCUCCCAACUGACUAUAUCUGCUCCAAUCAUUUACCCAAUGUGAGGAGGGAAUUCUGCCUUAAACCCAGCCUGUUCUCUCACUCGCAGUUACUACCUGUGAACAUUGCUUGGACCACCCUGUAUUGUAGAAGCGGUGGGGGGAGUGCCAAAUCUUUAAAGUCAGAAAACCUGCUGUUUAAUUUACCUCCAUUUUGUGCAUGACUCUCCAUUGCCAUCGGUUACAAGGACCAAAAAUGUCUCGGCCUACUGAGAAUCCAAUCAGACUCUUCACUAAUCAUUCCCAGCUUCAUCAUCUAAUCCUAUUCAUUCAUGUAAAAUGUAUUUAUAUUUAUUCAAAUUCACAAUGAAUGAAAUGCUUCUAUCCCAUGACUGAGAUAGCAUUUUUUUAAUUUGUUUUUCCAAACAGAUGUAAUUUGAAUCAACGUGAGCUCGGGUCCGUUUCCCCUUGAUUUGGAGUGAGAUCCCUCCCAUAGUGCUCCUGAACUCUGUAGUUCUCUAGUUCAUUAUAUUCUGCUUAGACUAAAAUAAAGCACAGUCCUGUAGAAAACUGAUCCCGCCUUGUCAUUUUGAUCCCUUCAAAGAUCCACAAAAGGUCAUAUUUUUCAACAACUUCAAAUAAGUCCCACAAUAGUGUAUUGUGAGUGUGUUGUCCAAAAUCUAGCCUUCAUGCUGGACUUUAGACUGUUUAAAAGUGUUUUAAGUAAGCCUUACUGGGAACACACCAUUUGUUUGUCUGCAGCUGUAAUGCUAAUGAGCUGUGUUUGUCCAAGUCUGUCUCCGACAGUGUUGUGUGUCUCCGAGAAGCGCUGUUGUGGACUUUAUCCACCUUCUUCAUAUACAACUUAACAAAUGCCAUAUAUCACUUACAACAACUUAACAUUAAGGAGUGGGACACAAUGUUAGAAAGACUAGCAUACCUAUGUGAGCUACAACAGGGGUAACAUUACAUAUGUUAGGAAUGGAAUAUUUUCCACUCUAUCCAUCCAUCUUCUAUGCCGCUUAUAGUCUUACUCUUAUGUCACGUGUCCAGUCAUCUAACCUUACUCUUAUGCCGCUUACUCCCUUAAACUCGCGGGUAUGCUGGGCCUGACUUCGGGGGAGAGGCGGGGUACACCCUGCACCCUGCCAAUCA